AUGUCGACGAAGCGCGUGCGAGGGCUAGCUAUCUCGCGUCCGAUCCUGAUUGGAUCGACGUCUACGCCUCUCACGCCUGCAGAGAAGCUGUGUGCGCCGCCAGACCACACGCACCGCUGGACGAUUGCUGUUCGCAGUGCCGCCAGUGCGCCUCUCGCACCCAUUCCCACGCAUCCGGGGGCGCAUGGCGAGUUGAACGACACAAGCACGAUUGGCACGCGCCUGCGCGAUAGUGAACUGGACUUGCAUGCCGCCAUUGGCGGCAAGGAUGACCUAUCUUACUUUAUCAAGCGCGUGCAGUUCCGACUCCACGAUACCUAUGCUCAGCCGACACGAAAUGUCGAUCGCUCGCCCUUCAGUGUGACUGAAACGGGGUGGGGCGAGUUUGAGGUGCAGAUCAAAAUCUUUUUCGUGCCUGAAGCGGGCGAAAAGCCGCUGACCGUGCUGCAUCACCUCAAACUCCACCCAUGGUCCGGCCCGGCGUCUUUGCCGCCGGUGCCUGCUGCUGAGCCCGGGCCGUCGGCAGAAGCACCAGCAGCACCAGCGCUACCUCCUGUCGUGCACUCGUGGCAGUAUGAAGAAAUUGUCUUUCCUGAGCCUCUGGAGUCCUUCUACGAGAUUUUGCUAGCGCAUCCACCCACGCCCUGGCCGGCCACGUCGUCCGCGUCGUUUGCGGAGGCAGAUGCAUCGACUGGCGAGACGCAAGCGCACGUCGUGCACACACCGACGGGCCAAAUUCUGGACGCUCUAAGUCUCGAAGCGCAGCGAGCCGAGGCGGACCGCCUCGACCUGGCACGCUCGCAUGCCGUGCAGCAGCUCGAAGCCGACCGGAGCAGGCUCAUCCAUCUAGAAAAGCUCGUGCGCGAAGGUCGUGCACGUCUAGCGAAGCUCGAGACAGUGCCUCCAUAG